GUCGAGAUCCGGCAAUCCGGCACUCCUUUCACGAACUUUUCCGAGAGUUUCUCGUACGACUUCGUACUCUUCCGUGUAAAAUCGCGCAAACACCCGAAACCUACUUCGCGAAGUUGUUUCUCGUUUAUUGAACAAAUGGCGACGACACUCGGACGUGUUAUUGUGUACGGUGGUAAGGGAGCUUUAGGCUCCGCGUGCGUAACGAAAUUUAAAUCGAACAAUUGGUGGGUCGGAUCUAUUGAUAUGAAACAGAAUGACCAAGCUGACGCAAAUGUGAUUGUGAAAUCCGAGUGCUCCUGGCAGGAACAGGAAUCUGAUAUUCUUCAACAAAUUACAAGUAUCUUGAAUGGGGACAAAGUAGAUGGUAUAAUUUGUGUAGCUGGAGGAUGGGCUGGUGGAGAUGCUGCCAGCAAAAAUUACGUUAAAAAUAGUGAUCUUAUGUGGAAGCAAAGCAUAUGGAGCUCAGUUAUUGCUAGCAGUAUUGCUGCCCAUCAUUUGAAAGAGGGUGGUUUUCUUUCAUUGACUGGUGCUAAAGCUGCAUUAGCCGAAACACCAGGCAUGAUUGGUUAUGGAAUGGCCAAAGCUGCAGUUCAUCAAUUGACAAAAUCUUUGGCAGCCAAGGGAAGUGGGCUUCCAACAAAUUCUAUAGUUACUGCUAUUUUACCUGUAACUUUGGACACACCUAUGAAUAGAAAGUGGAUGCCCGAAGCUGAUACAUCUACUUGGACUCCUCUUGAAUACAUAGCUGAUCUUUUCUGGAAAUGGUCAAACGGAAAAGACCGCCCUACUAAUGGCAGUCUCUUACAACUGAUCACAAAAAAUAAUGAAACAGAACUGAUUCCAGUAUAAAGAAGAUAAGACAACUAUAUGGGAACAAGAAUUUCUGAGUGCUUUCAUGACAAUAUAUAUAUUUAAUGUAAAUGAAUCAUACUCGAUGUUGUCUCUUAUUAACUUAAUGUUAUCUUUGAAACUUCUAUAGUUCGUAAUAUAUGCAUUUAACAAAGGGGUUACUAUAAAUGUACAGAAGUACUUUUCUUCUCUUCAUUCCAAUGUAAUAGAUGUGCAACAUCAAAAAUAUACAAUCAGAAGAUAUUAUUUGAAAACGAAGUUGUUAUAAAUUUUACAUAAUUUUCUGUAUUUAUUUUUAUAUGGAUAUAAUAUAUUUUGUACAGUAAAAUAAUGUUUAAUUCGUGCAAUGUAUAUUUCACAGUUCUCAGAUAUCUGUUAUAUUAAGCAUGUAACGAGAUAAAAUGAUAUUAAAAGUGUUACAAAAUAAUAUA